GCUCUUUAUGGGUUGAUUUUUAUCUUGCGUGAACAAUAACGAAGUAAAAUCCAAAAUCAAUAUUAACCAGUAGGACUGAUUCCUAACAGAUCCUGAGUCAUUAGUUACGGGAUGUUCGAAUUAAAAUGCGGAUUACGGUGGGUUAUAUUUCCACCGUAACAAUGAAACGUGACAUACCAAAAAUUAUAGGAAACAAUUAAGAAAAAUGGCCUGAUAAGGUGCAUAUUACCUACACUUCACUUUGAUUUAUAUGGUAUAAUAUGCCAUAUAUGUAGAUUUAGUAUGUGAUAACUGAUAAGCAUGCCGUAGGAAAAUGGAAAAUUUGCUAAUAUUGCUUUAUACCGUAAUCUUAUCUAUGGCAAACAGUGACGAUAUCUCAAAGUCGUAAUUUCGUACAUCUACCUAAUUUGCUUUCUCAAAUUAAAAAGUGCAACUUUCUCUUUAACUCUUCCCAACAAAAGCCAUCUAGUGAAGGAGAAUUGGUUAUUUUGAAUUGGGUAGCUGUCGUUAUGUUAGUCCUUUAAGAUUUCCUCUUUCUAGAUAUCUGCUUCUAGGGAUUUCUGAACAAAAAAUCGACGGUGUGCAACAAAUGAGUCACUUUCGGCUCAUAAAGUUGGCAGUUAUUCCAAAAUUGUUUCUCUCCAAUGUGCAAACGUUGAACAGACAAGAAUCACACGAUGAAGGAAAUCCCGAUCUGUUCCUGGUACUUAUUCAUCACAUCAAACUUUGAGUUCGUGCAUGUGCUCACGACGAGUUACUAAAACCUUUGUCUUUGAAUAUACCUACCCACAAAAAACCACUGGGCACGAGGACCUCGAUGAUCAAUUUAAAUCACCAAAUCGUGAAAUGAGUUGCCAAGUAAACACUUCGUGCAGAAUUCUCAUAGAGUUUCUAGCGGUGUGUGCUUUUGCUCCAUCAUACGGGUAUGAAUUUCAAAAACAUAUCCACUGAAUCUCGGCGCCCCAUGAAAACACAAUCGACGUCAAAAAUGUCACAGUAAUUAGGUUUUAAAGUUAUUAUAAAUUGGGGUGGAAUGGCUAACCCCGUUCAGGCACUAAACGAUAAUUUCUUCUACAACAGCAUGCUGGCAAGAGCCCUGGUUCCUCUUAUUCCCACAAAUUUUCGAACUCCAAUACGGCACUGGUUGGAUAAACUACAUGAUAUGGAUAAAACGAUGGAAGAGAUGGCAGUCCGUAAUGAUUACAUGUGGUUUCUCCUUCUAAUGCUUCAAAGUAAAAAAGUUACAGAGCCGUUCAGUAAUAUUCCGCCACCUGAAUUGAAACCUCUGAGAAAAAUAUUAGCGCCUGCUGUUUAUGAGGAAAUCUUGACCGCUACAGACCAAAAUAUGGCCUGGUUAGACAACGUAAACGAACAUAAUACAGAAAGGAAAUUACCUGAACCGAUCUCGUCUCUGCCAUCCCAAUUUCUUGACAACCAGCCUUUGCCACAAAAUGGCAUUAUUUGCUAUAUGGCGGCGUUUAGUGAUCAUGAUUUUUAGUAAAAUGUAUUGGACAAAAACAAAUCAAUAUAAUAUCAUUUUUACUUUAUGAUAAUAAUUAUGUAGUUGGAUCAACAGAUUCUUUCAAACAUAACCGUGGUGCAAUUGACGUAAUUUCCGAGCAUUUGGUACUACGUUGAUAAC